GAUGGCUGAGAAGCAGCAGCGAGGCGACUGUGGCUGUCCUUGUAGGAAGGGCCUGGAGAAAGCCGAGGAGAAUGUGCAUCCAAGGAAUUUGAUCCCAGAGCUCUGUCGCCAGUUUUAUCACUUAGGAUGGGUUACAGGGACUGGUGGUGGAAUCAGCAUAAAGCAUGGCAAAGAGAUAUAUAUCGCUCCCUCUGGUGUCCAAAAAGAAAGAAUUCAGCCUGAAGAUAUGUUCGUGUGUGACAUUGAAGAACGGGACAUCAGUGGCCCCCCACCACACAAGAAGUUAAAGAAGAGUCAAUGCACACCUCUCUUCAUGAAUGCUUACACCAUGAGAGGUGCAGGAGCAGUAAUCCAUACUCACUCCAAAGCAGCUGUAAUGGCCACACUUCUCUAUCCUGGAAGAGAGUUUAAAAUUACUCAUCAGGAGAUGAUAAAAGGGAUCAAGAAAUGCACAGCAGGAGGCUAUUUCAGGUAUGAUGAUACCUUAGUGGUUCCUAUUGUCGAGAACACACCUGAAGAGAAGGACCUGAAGGAAAGAAUGGCUCAGGCAAUGGAUGACUACCCAGACUCCUGUGCUGUGCUGGUCAGACGUCAUGGAGUCUAUGUUUGGGGAGAAACUUGGGAAAAAGCCAAGACAAUGUGUGAAUGUUAUGACUACCUUUUUGAUAUUGCAGUACAAAUGAAGCAACAUGGACUUGAUCCUACUGCAAUUCCAAAGGAAGAAAAUGGGAUCGUUUAAUACCUCGACACCUCUUACCAAAAUGACACUAAUAUUUCAAUGAAAUAUCAAUAGGUUUUAGGGUUCGUGCCCAAGCAACUUUUAACAUUUUGCACAAUAUGUGCUUAUUAGUUUUAGUGAAAUAUUGUUGCUAAAUACAGACUGUUUUAUGCUGUUUGUUAAAAUCCUGAAGGAUGCCCAAGGCAGUCUGGAUUCCCAGUUGUGCAUAUUAAUGGAUCUGGGACUCCCCUUUCCCUUUACUUUCACAGUACAACUGGCAUGUUUCUUUAGGAUUUUCCUUGUGGCUCAUAUUCUAUAAUAUAG